AUGGAAGCCGAAAAAGUUAAAAAAUUUUUAAAUAAUUCUUUUCAUUUUAGCGAUUCAAUUGCCGCGGUUUUGUUGCUCUUGUUUAAUUUAUUUUUGUUGUCAAUUUCUUACAUUAUUUGUGUCAACAUUCUUCGACCAAUUUUAAAUAUUACUACCAAAAUUUUCAAAACAAAUUUUAAUUUAUUUAAAAAAGCAAAACAUUUAGUUUCUGCUUCUUUUCUAAUUUUUUUCUUUUAUUCACAUAAUUCUUCACUAAUAUUUUCUACUUUUUAUUCUUUUGGAAAUUUAAUGACACUAAAUAAUUAUUCUAAUAAUUUAAUUUUCACUUCUGUUGCAACUCUUCAAGUGCUUUUUAGUUUUUUUCAAAUCCCUUCAGUUGUAGAUUAUAUAUGGAAAUUUAUAAAAUAUGGAGAAUGGAGAGCAGAGAUGUUUGAUCAAAAUUUUGAGGUGAGAAAGUUAAAAUGA